AUGAAGAGAAAGGCGACAUUACAUCGGAAACAGAAAUCACAGGAUGUCACUUCCCGAAGAUCCGCAUUGAAAUCCUCAAAAUCCAGGGAUGAACGUGCUCCAACGACCUCGCCUACGACUUUACCGUGGGAUAUCGAGUUUCCGAAAGGGAUAAGGGAACUGUUAAUUAACAAUAGAACACAGAUAAAGCAAAAGGGAAUGGUCUUAAAGAUUCCAAAGGAGUACAAAUACCAAAACCCUGAGCUUGAAAGGCGCCCAAAUGUGAAAGAAACGCUCGAACAAUUCGCUAACUAUCUUUUACACGAGAGCGGGAAGUCUUUAAACCAACCGGUGCAGGACGAAUCCCUAAUUCCAGUGAUAACUCGAGGUUUACUGGAAGAGAGGGGGCAAUACGCGUUCUUGGAUAAUAAGUUUAGAACUGGAACUGGGGCUACCAUUGACGAAGAUGAAGACGCGCUAAUCACUCUGACGAGUUGGUAUGGUGCAGAUCAUUUGUUGCGUUUGAUAGGUGGCUGGAUCAAAACAGAGAACGCGUCUUUGCGCCUGUUUCCGACUAUUAUACGGUUCCCGACUACUACAAAGCCGAGAUCAAGUCGAGAAACUUAUCAACUCGAGACGCGGCACCUCAGGCAUGACUUCUUCAUGACAAACUUGACCUUCAAUGUCUCUUAUAUCCAGAUCUGUUCGAUUCUAUGA